UUCCUCAAUUUCUCCAUCUCCAUUACCUUAAACACCAAUGCUAUCAAUCUAUUAAUGAAAGCAACUCAUUUAUAACAACAAGGAGGAGCAUGAGGAUACAACAUGAGUUUCUUUAUUAACUCUCAUUCUUCUUCUUCUUCUUCUUCUUCUUCCUCCUCUUCUUGUUCUUCUUCUUCUUCCUUCCCCCUCCAUGUGUUCUUCCGGCCGAUGUCCACUGAUUUCUCUCGUCCCCCUUUUCCCACUAACGACCAUUCUUCUCCUCCUCUCACCAUUAUCCUCACUCUCAUCCUCCUUGCCUUUCUCCUCAUCGGAUUCUUUUCCAUCUACUUUUGUCGUUGCAUUAUGGAGUCUCUCCUUCACUCUCGCAAUCUUCGACGUUCCCCUUCUGGUAACCUCCUCCACCCUACCUCUGAUUCCCCUGCUCCUCAUCCAGGCCUUGACCCUCUUCUCAUCAACUCCUUCCCUACUUUCCCUUACUCCGGUAUCAAGGAGUUUCGUAGUGAUAAAAUCGGAUUAGAAUGUGCAAUUUGUUUGCUUGAAUUCGACGACGAUAGCUUCCUUCGUCUCCUCACUAAUUGUUGCCAUGUCUUCCAUCAAGAAUGCAUUGAUCUCUGGCUUGACUCUCACAAAACCUGCCCUGUUUGUCGUCGGGACCUCGACUCCGUAUCCCCUAGAGAUUCUUCCGAUAAGCCGAUUGAUCCUGAUUCUAACACUGAUAAUCCACCACGAAUUUCCCAUCAUGAAUCUAUUGAAGAUGCGAUUAGUAUUGACAUUGAUGACGACAUAGACGACGUCAUCGGCGAUGCCGAUGAAGAUCACCGCCCCUCUGUUUGUUCGGAGAAGGGAAAACAGGGUAUAACAAAAACAGAGGAGGAGAAGGAGAAGGAGAAGGAAUUAGAGAGAUUCAAGAGAUUUUCGAGGAGCCAUUCGACAGGACAUUCGAUAGUGAAAUCAAGAAGAGAAGGGGAAGAUAAACAUAAGUUGAUACUACCGGAACAUAUAAAGAUUAAGAUCAUUAGAGGGCAUAAUUGGACAGGAAGUUGUGUGACUUUUGAUGAGUUCUUGCGUAAUUCUGGCAAUGGUGGUGGGUUUUCAGAGCUUUCUGAAUCUAAUGAUCGACCUAACUUACCGAAGCCGCCAUGAUUAACUUUAUCUAUCACUUUGAUUCUUCUCUUAUUCAGUUUAUCAGUUUUGUUGUGAUGUAUUGAGAUUUGUAACUAUAAAAAGAGUUUUGAUAUUUUUUUUCUUUUUCUUUCUAAAACAGAGUAGUGGUUUUCCUUUUAGGUUUGUUCUCAAAGGACUUUCUUUUUUUAUUGAAAAGAAUUGUAAUUCAUAGAAGAUAUCAUAUAUUAUUCAA